AUGUCGCCCGCGCCUACUGUGGCCGCACCUGCCGAAGGUGGACGGCUGCUGCUCGUAUCAAACCGACUGCCCAUCACAAUUCGACGCUCAGAAGGUGGAAAAUAUGAAUUCUCCAUGUCCUCUGGAGGUUUGGUGACUGGUUUAAGCGGUCUGGCAAAGACCACGACAUUCCAAUGGUACGGCUGGCCUGGUCUAGAAGUACCAGAGGACGAAAUCGAGACCGUGAAAUCAAGACUGAAAGAAGAUUAUGGCGCAACGCCAGUGUUUAUCGACGACCAGCUUGCGGAUCGCCAUUACAACGGGUUUUCAAAUUCUAUACUAUGGCCUCUACUUCAUUACCAUCCCGGUGAGAUAGUCUUUGAUGAAUCUGCCUGGGUGGCAUACAAAGAGGCCAAUGCACUCUUUGCGAAUACUAUCGCGGAUGAGGCUCAAGAUGGUGACAUGAUCUGGGUCCACGAUUAUCAUCUCAUGCUCCUGCCUCAGCUUUUGCGAGAACGUUUACGGGCUCAAGGCAAGAAAAAUAUCAGAAUUGGCUUCUUCUUGCAUACGCCGUUCCCGAGUAGCGAAAUAUACCGAGUCUUGCCUGUUCGGGCUGAUCUCCUCAAGGGAGUUCUUUACUGCGACCUCAUCGGAUUUCACACUUUUGACUACGCGCGCCAUUUCCUGAGUGCUUGCACUCAUAUUUUAAACCUUAACACAACCCCAGGCAGCGUCCGCUUCGAAAACCAAUCCGUAGCAGUGGGUGCAUUUCCAAUUGGUAUUGAUCCCGAAAAAUUCCUCGAAGGUCUCAAAAACCCCAAAGUGCAAAACCGAAUCGCAAGUCUAGAGUCGAAAUUCCAGGGAAUGAAAUUGAUGGUCAGCGUGGACCGUUUGGAUUAUAUCAAAGGAAUUCCGCAGAAGCUGCACGCUUUGGAAGUCUUCUUGUCGAAUCAUCCGGAAUGGGUGGGCAAAGUAGUGUUGGUGCAAGUGGCAGUUCCUAGUCGGCAAGAUGUGGAAGAGUAUCAGAACUUGCGGGCCGUGGUGAAUGAAUUGGUGGGACGGAUUAACGGCAGGKUUGGAACCGUGGACUACAUGCCCAUCCACUUCAUGCACAAAUCAGUCAACUUUGAAGAACUCCUCGCUCUCUACGCAGUCUCCGACGCAUGUAUCGUCUCCUCUACACGCGACGGCAUGAACCUGGUCUCGUUUGAGUACAUCGCAAGCCAACAAAAACGUCAAGGGGUCUUGAUUCUCUCUGAGUUUGCUGGUGCCGCUCAAAGCCUGAACGGAAGUUUGGUCGUCAACCCAUGGAAUACAGAAGAUUUGGCCAAGGCAUAUCACCAAGCUGUUUCCAUGGAACCUGAGCAACGGGCCGCGAAGUAUCAGAAGUUGUGGAAGUAUAUUUCAAAGUAUACGAGCGCGUUUUGGGGACAAUCCUUUGUCGCCGAGUUGUCUCGUUGCGUGGCUCAUGAAUAA